UUUCAGCCCGAGUCUGUACUCUGAUGAUUGACCUAGACUCACGCGGUUGCGGCCAACGCAUGGGGAGAUUUGUCCUGCCACCAGGCGAUCCUUGCACCUGUACAGGGGUCAGACUGGGCGGUCAUUACCACCGCUACGCGCCUGAGAUGCAGGGACAGGAUCCACCGUUGUAUAUGGACAUGCUGCCGGAGGUGACUGCUGAGGUUAUCGGCCGUUGGCUCAACUGCACUGAGAACAAACCGGUAGAGUCGACGCUUGGAGUCACUGAGACUGCCCCAGAGUUGACUUCUAAAGUUGCCCCGGGGUCGACACCUGUCGCAUCGACUCCUACCGAUACGACACAAGUUAUCAGCAUCACCCCUGAGCCGUCGAUGCCGCCUGCAGAUUGUCAAGUGAUCUUAGAUGCCGGUCAGAGCGCUAGCGGUGUGUAUACCAUCCGGCACGCAGGCCAGAAUAUGCAGGUCUACUGCCGCAUGGAGUUGGGGAAAGGAUACAUAGUGUUUCAGAGACGCCUGGACGGCUCGGUGAGCUUCGACCGAACCUGGCAGGAGUACGCCGAGGGAUUCGGGAAUCUGACCGGAGAGUUUUGGCUGGGCAACCAGAAGCUGCGUAGUCUGACUCGUAACUGGGGUCGGGAUAUGGUCAUCAACCUGAGGGCGUUUGACGGGGAAGAAGCCCGUAUUCGUUAUGAGGACUUCAACGUGGACUCAUCUGAGAACAAAUACAAGCUUUUUGUUCGUUGGUUCAGUGAGGACGGUGGAGAUGCAGGUGAUUCACUCUGGACUCAUAGUAACGAAGACUUCUCAACUCUAGACAAAGACCAUGACGACACCGUUGGGGAAAACUGCGCUGAGAAAUUUCACGGAGGCUGGUGGUACAAACGCUGCGGUAGCGACAUCAGCCACCGCUUCGUGAGCAACCUGAACGGCUUGUACUACAACAACGCAACAGUCGAUGAUUACAUGGGGAUACAGUGGGUCACCUGGAAGGGUGAUUCACUCUGGACUCAUAGUAACGAAGACUUCUCAACUCUAGACAAAGACCAUGACGACACCGUUGGGGAAAACUGCGCUGAGAAAUUUCACGGAGGCUGGUGGUACAAACGCUGCGGUAGCGACAUCAGCCACCGCUUCGUGAGCAACCUGAACGGCUUGUACUACAACAACGCAACAGUCGAUGAUUACAUGGGGAUACAGUGGGUCACCUGGAAGGGUAAAGCAGUCUCUCUUAAAGGGUGUGAAAUGAUGACACGACCCAAAUGGUAA